UUAUUGCACAACUGACAAACCCACACAGAAAGACAUUUAGAUCUUCAAGUUAGUGGGAUGGGAUCGUAUUUCAAUUACAACCUACCUUAUUCUAUUUUUGGAAUUGAAAUCCUUGUCUUUUGGCAUUGACACUGACAUUUUUACAAAAUAUAUAUUUGUCUGUGUUUUGUUUUGAUUUUAUCAGUCAUUUUCUUAUCAAUUUCUUCUAAUGUAGUGCAUAGCUUAUGAAGUAAUUUUGUAAAUAAAACUAUCUCCUUUUGAUAGCAUUGUAUUGUUAUGUUAAAUAUCGUGUUUUAUUAAGAAAGAUAAUUUUUAAGUGAAGUGUAGUGAAAAUCGUCCAUUUUAUUAUUAUUAUUACAAAUUCACAUUUUUAUUCAAUGUCUCUAAUAAGCAAGUCACAAGCUUCUCUGCUAACUUUAAGCCGUUACCAUGUCUCUAAAUAUGUUUCAAAAGUUCGUAGGUACAGUGAAAUUAAAAAGAAAUGUUACGAUAUUGUUGUAAUCGGAGGUGGGAUAGUCGGUUCCGCGUCUGCAAGAGAGCUAAUUCUUCAACAUCCUGGGUUAAAGAUUGCUCUAAUAGAGAAAGAAAAACGUUUUGCUUUUCAUCAGAGCGGAAAUAACAGUGGUGUUAUUCAUGCUGGAAUAUACUACAAACCCGGUUCUCUAAAAGCUAAACUAUGUGUGGAGGGUCUUAAUUUAUCCUAUAAAUAUUUAGAUGACAAACAAAUAAAGUACUCCAAGUGCGGAAAAUUAAUAGUUGCCACUGAUAGAUCUGAAGUUGGAAGACUAUUAGAUUUGUAUGAGAGAGGAGUUAAAAACGGUGUCAAAGAUCUGAAAUUGUUAGAUUCAAAAGAAAUUAAAGAAUUGGAACCACAUUGCAAUGGUUUACAAGCAAUAUGGUCUCCACAUACUGGAAUUGUUGAUUGGGGAGUCGUUACACAAAGUUACGUAAGUGAUUUUGAAAAGUGUGGAGGAGAUAGCUAUCUUAAUUUUGAACUAAAUAGGUUUUUUGAAUCUGAAAAUGCUGAGUAUCCUGUCACUAUCACUAAUAGUAAGGAUAAAACAAUUCAUGCCAAAUAUGUUUUGACUUGUUGUGGAUUACAAUCUGACACUGUUGCUGUACUAACUGGUUGCCCGGAAGAACCAAAAAUAAUACCUUUCAGAGGGGAAUAUUUGUAUUUAGUUCCUGAAAAGAGUAAUCUUAUUAAAGCAAAUAUAUAUCCUGUCCCUGAUCCCCGAUUCCCAUUCCUUGGUGUUCAUGCUACACCACGAAUUGAUGGCCGGGUUAUUUUAGGUCCUAAUGCAAUUCUAGCAUUCUGUAAAGAAGGUUAUAAAUGGACUGACUUGAAUGUUAAAGAAUUAAAGGAAAUUAUAAAUUUUUCUGGAUUUCGAAAAAUGGCACUUAAAUAUGCAGGUUUUGGACUUAAGGAAAUGUCGAGAUCCUUAAUGACACCACUGCAAGUCAUGCAAUUGCAGAAGUACAUUCAAGAUAUUACUACUAAGGAUGUGGAGUCAGGUCCGGCAGGAGUACGAGCUCAGGCUAUGGGGAAAGAUGGCACUCUAAUAGAGGACUUUGUGUUCGACUCCAAACCUGGUUCGGGGGCGAUAGGAAGUAGAGUCUUACAUUGCAGAAACGCCCCCUCUCCUGGCGCUACAUCAUCUUUGGCUAUUGCUAAAAUGAUAGCUGACAAAAUGAAACAAGAAUUUAAACUAUAAGACCUUAUUUAUAAGCAUUCAAAAAAAUUAUUGCCAACAACUUAUACAACUAUUGGAAGUUUUGCGUAUUCUUAUAUAGUUCUAUAUUUAUUUAUUCUUUUUUUUUUUUUAACUACUCAAAUGCAUUCAACAAAUACAUUUUUGUUUCAGGCUGUUACAAUAAUGUACAGUAUUUUGCUUCUUUUAUUCUACCUUUUUUUGGUAUGUGUAACUUUUUUUUAGUAUUGCUAAUAAUAUGUUAUAAAAUCCCAUAAGCCAAGUAGGCUGCACAUGAACUGCAUAAUGAGUUACAAGCCCACUAUUUGUGAUAAUAUUGUAGAGUGUGUUACCAAUAUUUACUAUAGUUAUAAUUUCUCAACUGACAACACUUAAGUCAAUUCAUUCAGAUAAUUUAUAUUUGUUAAUAUUUUUAUAAGAUGUUUUGUGACAAUUUCCAUUUCUAUGUCAUUAAGAUUUAAUCUGUAAAUAAGCUGUUGUUAAAUUCUAUUCAUAACCCAGAUUAUUUAAUUAUAAUUUUUUAUAUACAUAUAUUAUUGUUUUAUAUACAUAUUAUAUUUUUUGUUCAUACAUUUUAUUGUAUAUAAAAUAUGUCUGAUUUUACUCUAAGAAUAUAUAAGCUGUUUUUUUUA